AUGGCAGCAACCAGAGAUCGAGACCCGGAGCCAGCGCAUUUGAGCUUUCGAACCUUUGUCGACACUCUCCGAGAGGAAGGGGAUCUAGUCGAAAUCAACGACCCUGUAGAUCCAAACCUCGAGGCCGCUGCUAUUACUCGUCUUGUUUGCGAGACCAACGACAAAGCACCUUUGUUCAACAAUGUCAUAGGAGCCAAGGAUGGCUUCUUCCGUAUCCUUGGUGCACCGGGGGCACUUCGAACUCCAAAGAGUCAAGCCUACGCUCGUAUAGCCCACCACGUGGCGCUGCCACCCAGCAGUGGUGCGGGCGCUAUCAUUGAGAAGCUGCUUAAUGCGACCACCUCGGCGCCGGUUGAUCCCAUUACGGUCCAGUCGGGCCCAGUUAAGGAGAAUUGCAUCGAAGGCGACGCCAUCGACCUCACAAAUAUACCGGCACCCAUGGUCCACCAGACCGACGGCGGCAAAUAUAUUGGGACGUACGGCAUGCACGUCCUCAAAUCGCCCGAUGGUAAAUGGGUGAACUGGUCCGUCAACCGAGCCAUGGUCGUUGGCAAACGCACUAUGACGGGUGCUUGUUACCCGCCUCAGCAUAACUGGCAGAUUGUCAACAAGUGGAGGGAAUUUGGCCAAGAUGCGCCCUGGGCCUUUGUCCUUGGCGCCCCUCCAGCCGCCGUCAUGGUUUCUGCGAUGCCAAUUCCGGAUAACGUCACCGAGGCAGAGUUCAUCGGUACUCUCAGUGGCGAGCCGAUCAAGCUGGUCAAGUGCGAUACUAACGAUCUCAUGGUGCCCGCCAAUGCCGAGAUCGUCUUCGAAGGCACCAUCUCCAUCUCCGAACAAGUCCCUGAAGGCCCGUACAGCGAAAUGCACGGAGUCAAUUUCCCCGGCGAGUCUCGCAUGAUGCCUGUAUACACGGUCAACAAGAUUACCUAUCGGAAUAAUCCAAUUCUCCCGAUGUCGGCCACCGGUAGACUAACUGACGAGACGCAAUCCCUUGGUGGACUGGUCACUGCUGCCUCAGUGAUGCAGCUUUGCCGCGAUGCAGAUCUGCCCAUUUUGGAUGUUAGCUCUCCACUGGUAUCCCAGUGUACCUGGGUUGCUAUCAAGGUAGACGGAAAGCGACUACGGUCGAUGAAGACUACACCGAGGGAACUCGCGAAGCGAUUUGGAGAUGUGGUAUUUAAUACGAAAGCCGGUGUUCCAUUUCAUCGUCUCCUGCUAGUCGGCGAAGACAUCGACGUACAUUCCGAUGCAGACAUUAUGUGGGCCUUCUCUACGCGCUGUCGGCCAGGUAUAGACGAGCAUCCUUUUGAGGACGUGAGAGGAUUUGCUCUAAUUCCAUACAUGAGCCACGGCAACGGCAACCCAACCAAGGGUGGAAAGUUGGUUUGUGAUUGCUUGUUUCCUGUUGAGUACACCGAAGAGAGAAACUGGGUGAAUACCAGCUUCAAGCAGGGUUACCCGCAGGACAUACAAGACAAAGUGCUGGCAAAGUGGGAACAGCGAGGAUUUUGCAGUCUGGACGGUAUUUAG